UCUCUGCUCUCUGUUGUUGAACCAUCUACAUUAGUGACAGUGCAUUAGUAUGAGGAGAAAGCUGCUAACACCCUUUUGUGGAGUAGAACUUAAUCACUGUGCUUUUUAAAUGUGUAUGGUCAUAUUUGCUCCGAUCUUUGCCAUCUGUGCAUUUGCAACAUGUGGAGGGUACUCUGGUCACCUGCGGGUUAGAGUGGAAUGUCCGGACAAGAGCCAGAGCAACCUCAGCAUCACCGUAAACUUUGCCUAUCCCUUCAGGUUACAGCAGGUCCAUUUCCAGCCCACGCUGUGUGAGAGGAACAGACAGGAGACCAUCUUCCUGGUAGGAGACUACUCCUCCUCAGCUCAGUUUUUUGUGACCGUGGCUGUCUUUGCCUUCCUCUAUUCACUGAUGGCCACCGUAGUGUACAUCUACUACCAGAACAAGUACCGCGAGGGUAAUAGAGGACCGCUGGUGGACUUUGUAGUGACCGUGCUCUUCGCCUUCAUGUGGUUGGUGAGUUCCUGUACUUGGGCCAAAGCUCUGUCUGAUGUAAAGUCAGCCACUGAUCCCACCCAGGUCCUCCUGCUCAUCUCUGCCUGCAGACACCCGGCCAACCAGUGUUCAGCUUCCCACCACCCAGUCUGGUCUGAGCUCAACACGUCUGUGGUUUUUGGUUUUUUAAACUUUAUCCUGUGGGCCGGCAACAUCUGGUUUGUCUUCAAAGAGACAGGCUGGUACAAGACUGGCCAGAGGUACCCAAUGAGAAGCGCCUCUGGGAGACGGGCCAAUGGGAUGAGCCAACGGCUCUGCAGCCAAAGCAGUUUCGACCAAUCAGGGGACAGCUUCUAUCAACAUCCAUACAGGCAGACUAGUUUUGAUCAAUCACGGGAGAGCUUGGGCCAGCAGCACUACAGCCAAGGUAGCUUCAACCAAUCAAUAGGGAGCUUCCGCUUGCCACAGACCAGUCUAGGACAGCCAAUCAUCAUCAGUCAGGGGGAUGUCACCUCUAAAGGGAUUAAUCCUAUCAUGUUUGUCAAUGAUACUUAGAUCACAUUUUAUGUAUAUUUUCCCCUCAUCUACUUACCCUCACAAACGUAACUAGAUCUGAAAAUACUUUUGUAUAUUGAUACCUGACCAUAAGCAGGGUUGGGUAGGUUACUUUCUAAAUGUAAUCCAUUACAGUUACUAGUUACCUGUCUUAAAAUUGUAAUCAGAAACAUAAUUUUUGGAUUACCCCAACUCAGUAACGUAAUCGGAUUACUUUCAGUUACUUUUGGAUUACUCUCGCAUUAAGAGGCAUUUGCAGAAGACGAAAAGGAUCCAUAAAACGCAUUUGGUGUGUCAUCAUAGUGGUCUCUGACUUGUGGUCAGACUCGCUCAGAUGGAACAAACUUAAUUUAAUGUCAUUUAGAAACAGAAAGGUGUCAUAAUGUAUUUUCUCCUCAAACAUCCUUUCUGAAUUUAAAAGUAGCCUAAUCCAAAAAUUCAUCAUCUACUUUUUCAAAAGUAUCUGUAACCUGAUUACAAUAUUUUUGCUGGUAACAUAACUGAUUAUUUCUUGGUGAUCAGAUUACAUGUAGCUGAUUACAUUUGCCCAUAAGGUAUAGGUCACCACUCCCAUGUAGAUUUCCAGAUAUGAAGUUUGCAAGGGCACGUGGACGAAGCUGUAAUAUCUAAGGGGGUGGACCGUAAGAGAGGAAAAUGAAAAGAAGACACAGUAAAGGGAAAGGAAGGAUUUAGCAAGUGAGUUUUUUAGAGGACAUCGGAGUGGUUUGGAAAAUGUAUCGGAAAUGGAAAUAGAGUGAGAGAAGACUGUGUGAAUAGUGUGAAUGUGAGAGGUUUGGCUUCGCUCACAUUCAUGUACAGUAUUGUAAUUCGUUUUUCUUUGCAUGACUUGUUGUGGCUGUCUCAUGGUAGUGGUUUUCUUGGUGUGUUUAGUCCAUAACUUGGUGCAUCGGCGCACAGGUGUUACCUGUAUUACACUUGAGGUUCAAUGAUUGGGUGGCAGGUAGCUUAGCGGUUAAGAACAAUGGGCCAGUAACCGAAAGGUUGCUGGUUUAAAUCCCUGAGCCAACUACGUGAAAAAUCUGCUGAUGUGCCCUUGAGCAAGGUACUUAACCCUAGUGUCUGUAAAAUUAUUUAUAUUACAAAUUGUUUCAUGCUUCAGUAGGUUUGUGCUGUUGAAUUUAAAACUGUGGUGGGGAUAUACGUUUGUGAACCGCCUGUUAUAUAUAUACUCUAAUUAUACCUCAUCUGAUUCUCAAAUUUAUGCAGUUUGUUUGAUUGGUGGUGGCUGUGCUCUGCUGAUGGUGCAGUGAUGUUCCACAGUGAGUCGUUCCACACAUUUUGUAUAAGUGUUGUAAUUUCUCAAUGGUUUUAAAGUGAUGGUGAUAUUUCACAGGGAUCUUAAUAAUACUGACAUUUGAAGAUGCACAA